UUCAUUUAUCCAAAUGAUAACUAAGGGCUGAGAAGAUACUGAUUCUGUGUACAACAAGACAAACACCAAAAGAAACAUUAAAAGAAAACUAAAAAAAAAAUUUACUGCUGCAAAGGAACACGUUAUUAUACUUGGAAGUGGCAAUAUUUCUUUCCCAAUCUGUUUGCAAGGAUUUGAUAAUGGGUUGGCAGCCUUUGAAUUUAUGUACCUUUUUUUAAUUCAGGUCACAGGGAAAGAAUGAUAAUGGAAAAAAAUGCAAGUUCUGAAGGUUACUUUAUUUUACUGGGUUUUUCUAAUUGGCCUUAUCUGGAAGUGGUUCUCUUUGUGGUUAUCUUGAUAUUCUACUUGAUGACACUGGUUGGCAACCUGUUCAUCAUUAUCCUGUCCUACUUGGACUCUCACCUCCACACUCCCAUGUACUUUUUCCUCUCAAAUCUCUCUUUUUUGGAUCUCUGCUAUACCACCAGCUCCAUCCCUCAGUUGCUGGUCAAUCUCUGGGGUCCUGAGAAGACCAUCUCUUAUGUUGGUUGCAUGAUUCAACUCUACUUUGUCCUUGCACUGGGAACCACAGAGUGUGUCCUACUGGGGGUGAUGUCCUAUGACCGUUAUGUAGCUGUGUGUAGACCUUUGCAUUACAGCGUCCUCAUGCACCCUUGUUUUUGCCACCGGUUGGCUGUGGCUUCUUGGGUAAGUGGUUUAACUGCCUCAGCACUUCAUUCUUCUUUUACCUUCUCGGUUCCCUUGUGUGGACAUCAACAAGUGGAUCACUUUUUCUGUGAAGUUCCAGCACUGCUGCGAUUGUCAUGUGUUGACAUUCGUGCUAAUGAACUCAUCCUCAUGGUCAUGAGCUCCAUUUUUGUAAUCAUACCACUUAUUCUCAUUCUCAGCUCCUAUGGUGCCAUUGCCUGGGCUGUGCUGAGAAUGCAGUCAACAACUGGACUUCAGAAAGUCUUUGGGACAUGUGGAGCCCAUGUUAUGGUUGUAUCCCUCUUUUUUAUUCCAGUUAUGUGCAUAUAUCUCCAGCCACCAUCUGGGAAAUCUCAAGAGCAAGGGAAGUUCAUUGCCCUCUUUUAUACUGUUGUCACACCUAGCCUUAACCCACUAAUCUACACCCUCAGGAACAAAGAUAUAAGAGGGGCAGUAAAGAAACUAAUGGGGUGGGAUUAAGAUAUGUGACACAGAAAUCAGGUUUCCUACAGUUUUUCUUCAGAGGGUCUUGUCCAUCUGGGAGAAAGGUUCCCCUGAGAUUUAUUUUUGGUCUAUAUUCCACCAAGCACUUAGAAGAAGAGUUUAGCCCUGAACUUGUUCUUUUUAUUGGUUAAUUACAAAAUAUCAUUUAUACACAGACUUUAGAUUAGUAACACUUCAGUCUUUGUAAAAUUCCAUAUUUAAUUUCUAUAACAAUUAGAGACUGGUCUUUUAACAUAAACAAAUGUGUGUGUGUAAUUAUGAAGAGAUUAUUUAAAUUUUUCAAAAUACUUAAAAAUAAUAUUAUUAAUAUGCUAAUUUAUUCACUAAUCAUUAAUAUCUACAGUGAUGGUGCAAUAUAGCAAAGACAGACAAAUUAAGUUUUUGGAGAUUGAACAGGCACUAAAUUUAGCAAAAGACUAUCAUAGCAAAGACAAAAUGGUAAAAAUAAUGAAUAGCAUCACUUAAUGUAUGCUGAAUUGAUAUAUGACAAUUCUUUGGCUAAAAUACACCUUUUUUCAAGAUAAUAAAUCAUGAGUAAUUUCUUUUGUGGGUCUGUGUACUUAUCACAUUUUAAACAGUAUGAACAAGUAUAACUCCAAAAUGGUUCAUUUGUUCAUCUAUCUAUGCAAUAUUGUAUUUAUUCACUCUAUUAGCUAAAUUUUAUUGAGCAUCUACUCUCUCCCAUAUUGUGGGGUUUUUGGUAAUACAGAUGAGUAUAACACAUUCUGUUAACUAGAACUCACUGUUCAAUGUAAGGAAUGAUAAGAUCAAAAGUGACUCAAUUUGUCAUCAGACACAAUGUUAAUAAACCAAGGUAGCUUUAUAAAACCUAAAACAAAAUAGUAAAUUUAGCCAUAAACCUUGAAAAAUAAAACAAUUGCAGAUUUCUAUAGGAAGAUGAUAUUAACUGAAACAAAACAAAACUAAACAGAAUAUGCUUUCAUUGGCUUAGUUAUUGACUAUCUUAGUUAUGUAGUGCUGCUAUAACAGAAAUAUCACAAGUGGAUUGCUUUAACAAAGAGAAAUUUAUUCUCUCACAGUUUAGGAGGUUAGAAGUCCAAAUUCAGGGUGCCAACUCCAGGGAAACGCCUUCUCUCUCUGUUCGUUCUAGGGGAAGAUCCUUGUCAUCAAUCUUCCCCUGGUCUAGGAGUUUCUCAGGGCGCGAAUCCAGGGUCCAAAAAAUGUGUUCUUCUUCUGGGGUUGCUUUCUUGGUGGUAUGAGGUCACCUUGUCUCUUCUGGCUUCUCUCUUUUGUGUCUCAAAAGGGAUUGACUCAAAAUACAACCUAAUCUUGUAGAUUGAGUCCUCCCUCAUUAAUGUAACUGCCUCUAAUCCUGCCUUAUUAACAUCAUAGAGGUAAGAUUUACAUCACAUAGGAAAAUCACAUCAGAUGACAAAAUGGUGGAUGAUCACAUAAUACUGAGAACAAUCACCUAGCCAAGUUGACACACAUUUUGGGAGGGUCACAAUUCAAUUCAUAAGUGAUGUAUUGGAGAUACCCUAAGCUUUUUCUUUAAGCAUAUUGUUCCUUGCUGGAUAUGAUUACUUUUUAAUGAUGAAAGGAAAAUUGAUCUGUAUCCUUAAAUUUACCACUCUUAGUCGUAGAUAAAGGAGCCCUGGUGGCACAGUGGUUAAGCACUUGGCUGCUGACCAAAAGGUUUGAACCCACCAGCCGCUCCUCGGGAGAGAGACGUGGCAGUCUGCUUCCUUAAAGAUUUACAGCCUUGGAAAUGCUACAGGGCAGUUCUAUUCUGUCCUAUAGGGUUUCUAUGAGUCUGAAUCAACUCCACGGCAACAGGAUUGGUUCAGUGGCAUUUAACAAGAUAGAUGAAUCAUAGCUGGAAAAGACUUUCAAGUAAUGCAGUAGAGGUAGGCUUCUCACAUUCCUCUAUUUUCUCAAGGCAGCUAGAAGUGUAUAGAUAGUGCAAAUAAUUUAUAAGAUGGUGAUUCAUAUGCUGCAGAGAAAUGAGCACCAUAAACUGGAAAUAAUUAGAUGAAGUGGUAGUAGGGCAUCUGAUAUGUGAGGCAGGUAGAACUAGGCUCUGAAAAUAACUUGAUGCAUCCAGUGGAUGUUUUAAUAAAUUCACUCAACAGAUUUUUUAUAAAAGCCAUUGAUUGGUACAUGUUAGUUUAUUUUACUUUUCAAAUUUAAUCUAAUAUGAACAUUUGUCAUUAGCAAGAAUAUUAUGAAAAUAAACUUUCAUAUAUUUUCUAAAUAAAGAAAUAAGUUUUCUUGUAAGUAAUACAUGUGAAUAAGUGAUUUGUUGCACAUAUCACUCCCACCAUCACCACCAGAAACAAAUCUACUUUGCCUGUUCCACUAAGUGGGAGACACAAUCAACUGGAGCUAGUCACCUUACAUGCUGGCAUAGUGACUAAUGUACAAUUUAUUUUAAAGUAACAUUUUGGAAAUUUUUGUAGUCAUAAUGCACAUAUUAGCUGUAUUUUUCCAUCUCUUUUAAAACCUACAAGUAAUUGAUCCAAAUCUUAUCCAAUGGAUUAUAAAACUAAGACAAAAAUUAACCUCCACUAUUUUCCUCACGUUUCUGGGAAUAUUACAUGGUCAACUCUGUUUGGAUUCUUUGUCUCUGCCGAAUUUCUUUUCCUCUCCUUUCACUCCCAUUAUAUUCUGCCAGACAUGCACAUUAAUAUAGGGUACAGUCCCAUGUCCUUGAAUCCAUCUCCCAAGCAUGUAUGUAACCAAAUUUUACCAAAUAAUGGGGACUACAUGAAGGGGUCACAUCACACAAAGUUCACAAAACGUGAAAACAUAGAUUCAUGCUGCCACCAUGGAAAUUUUCCAUUUGGGAUACUUCUUGCAGCCCUCCAGCGCCUCACCAUCUAAACGACUCUUUAUUUAGGUUUAUUGAGGUAUAAUUUACAUACUAUUCAGUCUCCAUUUUAAAUGUAUAAUUCAAUGAGUUUUGGCAAAUGUAUAAUUGUGUAAACACCACCACAAUCAAGAUAUCGAAUGCUUACUCCCACAACUACCCUCCUGUCCUUUUGCAGUCAAUUCUUUCCUUCUACCCACAGCCUCAGGCAACUAUUGAUUAGCAACUAUUGAUAACUAUAACUUUUUCUAGAAUUUCAUACAAAUCCAAUCAUACAGUGUGUAAUUUUUGAGUCUAGCUCCUUUCACUUAUCAAAUUUUUGAAAUCUAGCAUGUCGUUGCAUGUAUCAGUAGCUCCUUUUUUACUGCUGAAUAAAACUCAAUUGUAUCACUAUACCAUAAUUUAUCCAUUUUUCUGAUGAUGGGAUUUUGAAAUUAUCUCCAGUUUUUGACUAUUAUGUAUAAUGUUGCUAUAAAAAAUACAUGUGUUUAUGUGGACAAUUUUCUUCAUUUUACUUAGGUAGUUUUCUUUAGGGGAACAUUAAAAAAUUCAAUUAUUUUCAGUGGUGUGGAAUAUCCAGGUUUUCUAUUCUUUUUGAGUCUGUUUUGGUAAUUUGUGCCUGACAAGAAUUUGUCGAUUUCACCUAAGUUGUCAAAUUUGUAGUUCAUAAAAUCGCCUUAUUUUCUUUUCAAUAUCUGUAGAAUCUAUAGUGAUCCACUUUUUAUUUGUAAUAUUAGUAAUUUGUAUCCUCCUGCUUUUUACUAAAGUGAUGUAGCUAGACAGAUGUUUGUCAAUUUUUUCAUCUAUUCAUAAAGCCAGCUUUUGGUUAUAUGUCUGUCUAUAUACAUAUAAAAAUAUAUAUAUAUAAUUUUUUUGUAUUUCAUUGAUUUCUGCUUUAAUAUUUAUUAUUUUCUUU